AUGAGCUUUUUAUAGAUAAAUUUCUUUAUUUUCAGUUGAAGAGAGAGUGGAUAUUUGAAAGAUUCAUUAAAAAGUAUCUUUUAAUGAAGAGAAACUUGGGAAGAGAAAAACGUAAACCAUAAUAUCUUUGAUCUCAUGGAUUAUUUUACAUAUCUCAAUCUUCCUCUUUUAUCCUUGAUCCAAUUUUCUUCAAAAAGCUACCUCGUUUUUUGCUUCCAGGAUUAUCUGAUCCUGACAAGCCUUGGUAACCCAGCCUAAGUCUACUUUCAAUGCAUGACUUAUUACCACAAAAAAAAUGAGAUUUUCCUUUGUUUAAAUGGAGUUGAGUCCAUGAAUUUGACUCAAUUGAAUCUACACUCUUUACUUGCUUUAUGCACUGUGAGAUCAUUUCUUUAAUAUUAAUGAGUCAGAUUUAG